GAACUAUUAUAUGUACAGCAAAUGAAAGGGACUAUGGAUAGAAGACAUGGAAGCAGCUAACACGUAGAACUUAUAAGUUGGUAUUUACAGUCCAAUUGAAAUCACAGUUGCAGCAUAUAUCUGUAGCUAAUUUUUACAAAUUUAAACAAGGCUGAAUACAUGGAAGAGCAGUUGCUGGAAAAUGGAAAGAACAGCAGAUGGAUAAUAACAAGGGAAUGGGAUACUUAUUAUGAAGAACUGAAAAAGUUGACUAGUAUUGCAGCACCAAUGGUGGCAGUUUCUGUAUUGCAGUAUCUAUUGCAAGUUGUAUCGGUGAUGAUGGUGGGACAUCUUGACCAGAUUUCCCUGUCAAGUGUUGCUAUUGCUACUUCUAUAACCAAUGUUACCGGUUUCUCUCUUCUUUCAGGGUUGGUUGGUGGUUUGGAGACACUGUGUGGGCAAGCAUACGGGGCACAACAAUGGCAGAAAGUCGGUACUUAUACUUAUAGUGCAGUAAUAUCUUUGCUUCUUGUGUGCAUACCAAUCAGUAUCCUGUGGCUAUUCAUGGACAAGCUGCUUAUUUUAAUGGGACAAGACCCUGCAAUUUCAGUUGAAGCUUCAAAGUACUCUAUGUGGCUUAUCCCUGCACUCUUUGGAGGUGCAAUUCUUAGGCCACUAUUCAGAUAUUUGCAGAUUCAAAGUUUGAUUCUUCCGAUGCUCCUAAGCGCCUUUCUGGUUUUAUGUCUCCACAUAUCUCUGUGCUGGCUUUUCAUAUUUCAUUUGGGACUAGGAAAAUCAGGUGCAGCUAUAGCCUUUAGUUUUUCAAUCUGGACUUUUGUAGCAUUGCUUGUGUCUUACAUCAAACGAUCGAGCUCUUGUGAGAGGACUCGUACUCCUCUGAAUAAAGAGGCUUUCCUUGCUAUUGGGCAAUUCUUCCGUUAUGCAACUCCAUCUGCUUUAAUGGUUUGCCUCAAAUGGUGGUCACUUGAGGUGCUUAUUUUGCUAUCUGGCCUUUUACCAAAUCCAAAACUCGAAACUUCAGUACUAUCAAUAUGCUUAACGAUCUCAGCAUUGCAUUUUUCUAUACCAUUUGGAUUGGGAGCUGGCGCGAGCACGCGGGUUUCGAAUGAAUUGGGAUCUGCGAAUCCUCAGAAGGCUCUAGUGGCAGUUAGAGUUGCAAUGUUUCUUGCAGUUGCAGAGACAUUAGUGGUGAGCACAGUAACAUUCUUAUGCCGCCGAGUUCUGGGUAAAGCCUAUAGCAAUGAUCAGCAAGUGGUGGAUUAUGUUGCUGCAAUUACCCCUUUCCUGUGUUUAUCAAUCAUCACAGAUAGCUUACAAGCAGUCAUCUCAGGAAUAGCAAGGGGAAGUGGAUGGCAGAUUAUUGGGGCAUAUGUGAAUCUUGGAGCAUUCUAUUUGGUUGGAAUCCCAGUUUCUGCCAUAUUAUGUUUUCUUAUACAUUUGAGAGCAAAGGGCCUUUGGAUUGGACUUUUGGUUGGUUCUGCAAUACAAGCAACUACUCUUUCCUCCAUACUAAGUUUCAUUGAUUGGCAAAAGCAGGCGAUAAAGGCUAAGAAGAGGAUAUCAGAAAGGAGAUCAUCAGAAGAGAAUGAAUAGAGGAGGCUAAUUCAAAGAAGAAAUAGAAAUAUAGAGGGCCACAUUGGCUUAAAAUUAAUGUUCACUUGGUUGACAGCACGUUUAGGUUCUAUUUAUUGCUAUUGGCUACGAAAUCAAAUAUUAUUAGCUGCAAAUCUAGGGUGUUCGCCGGUCGGUACGGUACGGUAUUUAGAUAUUUCGGUUCGGCAUUUUCGAUAUUCGGUAUAUUAAAAUACUAUAUCAAUAUCGUACCUAAUUAA